GGAAAACUAACGAUACAAAGGACAAUGCACAGUGUAUAUCCUAGUGAUAUUUUGUAUGCUGUGACGUGGGUUUUGCCAUGGCAUCUGAGACUGAAAAGGCCCGUGCUCUUCUCCAAACUUUCAGCACAGCUUCAGUAAUUUCUAGUCUAGGCUUGGGAAUAUUCUGCUUUGUGGCAGACAGACUUCUGCAGUUUUCCUUCGUUCAGCAAAAUGACUGGCUCCGAGCCUUCUCUGAUAAUGCAGUGCAUGGCAUACUGGGAAUGUGGUCCUGGGCAAUAGUGAUUGGGCUCAGGAAGAGGAGUGACUUCACUGAGGUCACGCUGGCUGGCUUCCUCGCCUCUGUCAUUGAUGUGGACCACUUCUUUCUUGCUGGCUCACUGUCAUUAAAGGCUGCUCUGACUCUUCCACGGAGGCCACUUCUUCAUUGUUCUACUGUGAUUCCUGUUGUGGCUCUGACAUUAAAGUUUGUUAUGCACCUUUUCAAGCUUAAGGAUUCAUGGUGCUUUCUUCCCUGGAUGUUGUUCAUAUCCUGGACUUCUCAUCAUGUGCGUGAUGGGAUUCGUCACGGCCUCUGGAUCUGCCCAUUUGGGAAAACUCCUCCUUUGCCAUAUUGGCUUUAUGUGGCAAUUACAGCAUCUUUACCUCAUCUGUGUUCAUUUGUUAUGUAUUUAACAGGCACUAGAGAAUUAAUGUCUAUAAAACAUGGAAUCCACAUUGAUGUAUAAGAAUGAUGGCUCUUUAAACAUUGAUUGUAUUAGCACUUGAAAUAAGCUGUCUGUUGGUCAAUGAAGUGGUUUCCUUCUGUUUCCUACAACUUCAGAGUUAGAGGCAUUUUAAGCCUGGGGAACCAGUUAAAGCUCCUGUGUCAAUUCCUUGUGGUCACAGAAACCUAUUUA